UUGUCACUUGUAUCCAGGAAGUGGAAGAUGCGCCGAACGCACGCCCGACUUCAGUUUCUGUCAGCGUAAAUUCUUCAUGAUCACUCACGGAUAACCUCGCACAGAAGUGAUGGACUGGUCAGAAGGAGACGGAUGCCACUCCCACGGUCACAUGGGUGACAGUUGCCAUGGACACGGCGGUGGCCACUCCCACAGCCACGGUCAUGGAGGACCUGGAUUUGGCGGUUUCAUGCCCGGCGGCUUCCACGGCCAGCUGGUCCCGGGACCUUUUGAUCCAACGCAGCAGCCGAGGAAGGUCUCACACCCGGAGGACAGCAGUUCCUGGGAUAUCAUCAAAGCAACACAGUUUGGUGCUCUUGAGAGGUGUAAAGAGCUUAUUGAGGCUGGUUAUGACGUCAGGCAGCCUGACAAAGAGAAUGUUACACUGCUCCAUUGGGCCGCCAUCAAUAAUCGAGCCGAUAUUGUCAAAUACUACAUAUCUAAAGGUGCCGUCAUAGACCAACUAGGCGGCGACCUGAAUUCAACACCACUCCACUGGGCCAUACGACAGGGUCAUUUGUCUAUGGUCAUUCAGCUGAUGCGAUAUGGAGCCGAUCCGUCAUUAGCAGAUAGUGAAGGGUAUCGGGGUCUCCAUCUGGCUCUGCUCUUCCAGCAUAUGCCCAUUGCUGCAUACCUUAUGGCCAAAGGACAGGAAGUGGAUUCGCCGGACAUAAAUGGACAGACUCCACUGAUGUUGGCAGCACAAAAAAUCAUCGGUUUAAACCAGCAGAACAAAAAAGUAGUGUUUCUCCAUAGCUGUAAAACUGGUUCCAAAGCGGGUCACACUCCCAUUGACCUGGCGCACCAGGUGCACAGCCCUCUGCUCAUUCACAUGCUCAGUGUGGUGAAGACAGAACGAAUGAAAGCCAACUCCACGUGUCUCAAACUGCUCAACAGAUACAAGGGUCACACUCCCAUUGACCUGGCGCACCAGGUGCACAGCCCUCUGCUCAUUCACAUGCUCAGUGUGGUGAAGACAGAACGAAUGAAAGCCAACUCCACGUGUCUCAAACUGCUCAACAGAUACAAGGUCUUUCUACUGUGUGUGUUCAGUGUUGUUGUGGUGGGAGCCAUCGGUUCUAUAUUAGACAUGAAGACAGAGUCCUGGUUAUUGAAGGGUGUGCUGCUGGUCUGCGUCAUAGCUGUGAUCAACCUCACUUCAAGGUGCCGAUUGAGACCACAUAUUGUAAACAUUCUACAACGUUUCCUAAUAAUCAAAUUAUUUCAAAACCUUGUUUUGCAGAUGAGAAAGCCAAUGAGAGCAAAUCACUGCUUUUCCUGUAAUGCCUGUGUCGCUAAACAGGACCACCACUCCAUUUGGAUCAAUGGCUGCAUAGGGGCCAGAAAUCACCCGUACUUUGUGCUUUUCCUGGUUGCUCUGAGCUUUCUGUGCAUGUGGAUGUUCUACGGCAGUAUCAUGUACUGGUCCAAACACUGUCCGCUGCACUACACAGAGGAGGGCCUAUGGGGGGCGGUGACCUCUCUGACGAGCUGCUCUCCCUGGGUGCUCUAUAUCUUCUGCUUUGCUUUCUUAAACGCUUCCUGGGCCUUCAUCCUGCUUUUGGUGCAGCUCUACCAGAUCGCGUUCCUCGGGCUGACGACGGCCGAGAGAGCGAACCUGAUGCAAAGACAGAGAAAACUCCCUCAAGCCUUCUCUCUCAGACAAAACCCAUUCAAUCUUGGAGUGGUGAGGAACCUGGUGAACUUCUUCCAAUGGCGUUGCUGUGGUCUCUGUAAGCCCAUGGUGCUGGACUGGACUCAACAGUAUCCCAUGGGUCUCAGCAGAGACCAUCCCAUGUUCAGCGGCCCCGAUGCUGUUUGACCCCCAGCGAUCAGUCACCCACUCAGGGAGAGCGACGUCCCCAGUUAUGGAGCCAUUGGUUUGAUUUUAAUGCCUUUUUAGUGAUGGAA